AUGAAGUUCAAUAUCCUCUUCAUGAUGACCCUGCUCGUUGUCUUCGUGACAUCCGUCGCCAUCCCUGAUAUCGACGACGGUGAUGUCGAUGUCAAUAUCACCCUUAGUGAUGAAGACUGGUCUGACUUGGAUCUGGACUUUUUCGACUUCGAUGUGGCUGAUGACGUCGAUGACAGCGAUGUUGUUGCCCGCGAUGAAGAUGUCACCGUCGCUGCCGAGUGGACUCUCAAUGUUGCCCCCGUGAUAGGUGCUUCGGGGGCGUUUGCUUGGGACCUGGCCGUUAUGCUUGAGUGCGUGGCGGCGGCCGCUGCUGGUGCUGUUGGUGCUGGGGACUUCGGCCUUGCUGCAGCGGAUCCAGCGAUACGCUCGGAUAAGCCAGAAAUGGGAGGGAUUAGGAAGUAUUAUGUGAUUGUGUGGGAGAGUGAUGAUAGCAACCCGGCAAGCCUAGACGAGACGAGACGAGAUGAGAUGAUCGGAGACGAAGACCCGACCAGCUCAGUCGGAGGUUUAAUUGUGAGGGAAGGAAAACAGGAACGAACGGGGUCCUUCGAGAAGGAUGUUGGGCUGUGCGUCUGCAGUAGCGGACCUGCCGUGGGAUGA